AUGUAUCAUCCAACUCGUAAAUUCCAAAUCUAUCAACUCUUCGCCGCAAACACGAACCUCGGAAAAACUUUAUUCUCAGCAGGACUGUGUCGAGCUUCUGCAAGGCCAAAUAAAGAUUCAUUAGGAGAAAGACAGACGAUCUCGAAACUUCCAUUCAAUAAAACUUGCUAUCUCAAACCAAUACAAACGGGAUAUCCUAAAUCUUCGGAUUCAAAGUUUGUAGAAAAUUUAAUAGAUGCAGAUAUGCAGGUCAAAUUGAAAACUAUGUUCGCCUAUGAAGAACCUGUGAGUCCACAUCUUGCUGUUGGCCGUAAUCAAAUACCAAAAGAUCGUGAUGUUUUGUUAUCAAUUAAAAGUUACAUUUUAGAGUUUGCGCGCGAAUGUGGAGAUAACGAUGGGGCAUUGUUCUUAGAGACAGCUGGAGGCGUAACAAGUCCAGUGAUGUCCGGGACUCUGCAAUCCGAUUUUUACCGACCACUCAGAUUACCAACAAUCCUCGUUGGUGAUAGUAACCUCGGCGGCAUUUCUGCGACAAUAUCUUCUUUUGAGUCAUUAUAUAUGCGUGGUUACGAUAUCCCCAUAAUACUUCUAUUUGAAAAUGCAGAAUUGAAGAAUCACAAUUUUCUUGAAGAUUUUUUUAUGAAAUUUUCAAGGAAUGUUUACAAUAAUAACAAAAAUAAUAACGUAAUUGUUGCAACCGUUCCACCACCACCACCACUCUCUUCAUCUUUUGAUCGCGAUCAACUCCAAUUGAAAGAAUACUUUAACAAAAAUCACUCUAAAUUUGUGAGCAUAAUCGAAAAAUUAAAUGAUUGGCAUCACAAAAGAUUUGAUAGAUUAGACGAGAUGGGUGAAUUGACCGAACAAGUUGUUUGGUGGCCAUUCACACAACACAAAAAGGUCGACAAUGUUAAUGUGAUUGAUUCAGCUUUUGGCGACUUUAUGAUGGUUUAUGAAAAGGGUGGGGAAGGAAAGACCGAUGGGACAAACGAAAUGAGGAUGAAGAUUAAUAAAGAAAACAUUGGUCAGGACCGAAAAAUAGGUGUGAUGAAAGAAAUGUUUGAUGGAUCGGCUAGUUGGUGGACUCAAGGUCUCGGGCAUGGUUCUUCCAAACUAUCGUUGGCUGCAUCACAUGCUGCCGGUCGCUAUGGUCAUGUAAUAUUUCCUGAAUCCAUUCACGAACCGGCAUUAUCAUUAUCUCAAACAUUAUUAAGAACUGCUGGAUACAAAUGGGCUUCACGAGUGUUCUAUUCUGACAAUGGAAGUACAGCGAUGGAGGUUGCUCUAAAGAUGGCAUUAAAAUCUAGUACUUUGAGAUAUAAUUUUACCGAUCAAAUCGAGAACGUGAAAAUAUUGGGAAUGAAUGGAAGUUAUCAUGGCGACACUAUAGGUGUCAUGGAUGCCUGUGGGCCUAAUGUUUACAAUGAACAGGUUAUCUGGUAUACGCCAAAAGGAGUAUGGUUUGAUCCGCCGCAAAUUCAAAUGAAGAACAAUAUUUACAAUUUAAAAGUUCCAUUCACAAAUCAAGAAUUUCAAUACUCAUCAUUAAACUCUCUUUUUUCGCCAUCUCGAAAAAAUACCGACAUAGUUUCAUCAAUCUACAAAAAAAAAAUUGAAGAAGUGAUCUCUUCAAAUGUCAAAGAAGGUUACAGAUUCGGAGCUCUAUUGAUCGAACCAGUGUUAAUGGGUGCGGGUGGGAUGAUAUUGGUGGAUCCUCUGUUCCAACGAUUACUAGUUGAGUUUGUAAGAGAAUGGGAUCACUGGAAUGGUGGAAAUGUUGAAGGAAAAGGGUGGAACGAAAAUGAUUGGAAAGGGUUGCCGGUGAUAUAUGAUGAAGUUUUCACUGGGUUUUGGAGAUUGGGAAGACUAAGUGGUGCAGAUAUUUUGGGCGUUACCCCAGAUAUAGCAACAUAUGCGAAGCUUCUGACAGGUGGUUUGCUGCCUCUAGCCACGACGCUCACUACAACUUCUAUUUUCAAUAAUUUCCUUGGUGCAACUAAGGUUGAUUCAUUAUUGCAUGGACAUUCCUAUACUGCUCACCCAAUUGGUUGUAUGGUGGCUAACAAAGCCAUCGAAGACGGGAUUUGGAGCAUGUGGAGUCAAGAGAUGAUAGGAAAAAUAUCUUGCUUGCCAAAUGUUGAAGGGGUAUUUGCUUUAGGAACCGUGUUGGCAAUUGAAUUGAAAGACAUAGGUGGUGGUGGUUAUGCUUCGGAAAUCUCAUUUCAUAUUAUAAAGCAAUUGUCAAAUUAUUCAAACGAUUUAAAUAAUGACAUAGCGAUAUCCUCGAGACCAUUGGGAAAUGUGAUCUAUUUAAUAGCCUCUUUAAUUAGUCAGGACAAACUCUCAAUUUCUUCUUUGUAUUUCCGGAUCUCAUUUUUAUGCGUAAAUAUACCUUCUGAACAACCUUCUAGCAAACGAAGAAAAAUUAAUGAUAACUAUGACGAUGAAUGUCUUGAAAAGGUUUGGAAUGCUUUGAAGAAUGCGACAGUAGCAGGCCAGUUCCUUCAACUGUCCGAGGACGCUUCCUAUCUUCUAGGCAAAGAUGAUUUUGGUUCCAACAUAUCCACCCUGUUCAUUCGUGACUGCUAUCUUCAUCUGUCCGAGAUCAUUUUUGGGAAUGUCAAUAUCUUUCGUUGGCGUAUUACCAGCAACCCGGGAAUUGGAAAAACCUUCCUAGAUAAUAUUCACGAUUUCAAAGAUUACUUAGGAAGAGAAGAAGUUUGGUAUAUCGUGGAUGCAUUGGAACCGAUGCAAUGUCGUGCAAAAAUAAUUCUUAUUUGUUCGCCCCAGAAAAAGUACUAUAAAAUAUUCGAUCAACUUGGGAUAGAUAUACGGUACAUGCCGGUGUGGUCUUUAACUGAGCUCAAUUUAUGCAGAGAUAAUAUUAGGAUUUUUCAACAUCUUACUCGAAAAACAGUUCGGGAAUUGUAUAAUAAAUGGGGAGGGAUUCCUCGAUAUGUCUUAUUUCAUGCUCUCGAUUCUGUCCAACAAAGUCUUCUGGAGAAUGCAAUUAAUUUAUUCGAUGAUAAGAUAUUGAAUUUUGUUGGUGAAAUCACCGAUGACAAUUAUAACAGUAGCGCAUGUCACGAACUCGUCCACAUAUGUACAAACGUACCAGGAGAGGGAGAGGAAGAUGAGGAAAAUGAGUCUGGAGUACCUUCUAUGUCAACGGUUCCUACAGUAACUAAACCAAAUAAAAGGAAAGGUAUUGCAGGGAGAUAUUAUGAAGGGGUACCCUUUUAUAAAAAGUGUACUCUAGAGUUUGCGUCCGAUCAUGUUUCUGAAAAGGUAGUGGAUAGACUCUCACGAAAUUACAAAUAUGACUUGCAGAAUUUCGUGAAUACAAGUGAUGAUAUAAGCGAAUAUAGUACACUUCGAGGUGCUAUAUUUGAGCGACUCGCUCAUCAAAGGUUGCUACGUGGAGGAAAAUUUAAUUUUCAUCCUUUAUUCGAAGAUUCUAAAAUGAGGCAUACACUUCAACUGGAUAAUAAUAUAAGCAGUUAA